UUACAAUUUAUUCAAAAAUAAUUUUAUUCCUAAAAGAGGUUCGUUCAAUGAAUUACGUCGAAAACAACUGUGAAGUUCGGAAUGAAUGCAGGGAAUAGUGUGUUCAUAAGUUGUGAAAAGAUGAAAGGAUAUUCUGAAAUGAAGGACAAUCUGUUGGCUCAAAAGAUAUGUGAAUGCACAACAAUGCUUCGAUCAACAUUGCCAAGGCUUACCAUGUAG